AUGAAGACCUCCACUACCACGGCAAUCAUCGCCACUGCUAUCUUGUCAACCCCUGCCCUGGCUCGUGGUCGCGGCAGAGACCUCGACUGGGUGCCCGAAUGCGGCAUCACUUGUGUUGAUUACGCUGUUAAAGCACAGGGUUGUGAUCCUUUGCUUCAGGAAUGCUAUUGUGGCUGGGGUUUCUUUACCCCUUGGCAGGAUUGCGUCUUGAAGACGUGCGGAAGGGAAGACCUGCCAAAUGCUUACAUCUGGGGUGAAACUCGCUGUGACCCCAAGAGCUCUCUAUUCGUCACUCCGGAGUCAUAUGAUUUGAAGUGGGAGCAUCGGAACGGAACGGUGCUCCCCCCUCUUCCCACAAGCCCCCCUACCUGGUCCGCUUCGCCCUCUUUCCUGUCCGAUUCUGACUGGGCCUUGGAAACUCCUCGGAGUAUCAAGAGUAGCGUCCACGCCACAUCUACCGCCGAGUCCACCGCCGAGUCCACCGCCGAGUCCACCGCCGAGUCCACCGCCGUCAUGCCCACUGUCGCCGAGUAUACUGUCGUCGCUGAGUCCAUUGAUGUGGCCAAGCGUACCACUGUUACUGACUCCAGCUCUGGGAUGACCAAGGCUGGCAUGGUCUCUGUUGCCUUGGUCUCGGUAGCAGCCAUGUUCCUCCUCAUGUAA